AUGUCUUCCACUUCUUUGUCCAGUCGUUGCACCAGUUCCUCCUCAUUGCUGCCUGAGAGAGACGUCACAAUUGGCGUUGUGGCUUCUUUACAGAGUUGUCUGGGGCAGCAACGAGAGCUGUUCAUGCGAGUAAAAAAGUGCGAAGAGGACAUUGAGAAAUUGAAGUUUGGCCUGUUAAGGAGGGCCGGUGGGGUCUUGUCGUCUCCACCAGAGGCGCAAGAGAGCGGUCAAUGGAAGACUGGGCGCGAGAACGACGAAAAUGUUGGGGCAGAAAAGAUGUGCGAUUACUGUUUCAAGCUGACACUCUGCCGGCCCUGCCCACAGUGUCAGCGGGAGUGGUACUGCAGUAGUCCUUGUCAGCGCCUGCGGUCUUAUUUACACCGUACAUUCUGUCGACGUCGAGAGCGGGUUGAGUAA